AUGACGCCACCAGGUGAAGAGAUCCAGUUGAGCGAAACCAAACCUCACGUCGAGUCAGAACCAGAUCCUGAACAAGAGCCUGCAGCUGCCAGCAUUGACGCCCAGGACUUUGCAUCGCCCAAGAACCCUGCCAUCGCCUUCACCGACGCCAACAGAGCCGAAAGUGGCCACGCCCUCGAGCCUCCGGGGCACAUGCUCAGCGAAGUGUUUUCCAAUAACUUUUCCAAUGAAGAGGAGGAACGCCAGUUUUCCAUGAGACCUCGAUCCAUGUCCCACCAUCUGUCUGCGAAGGAUAUCCCAUCUAGGAGAUGGCUGAAAAUCAAGGCAAAGUGGUGGCGAGCCCUGGAAAUGCUGGGCAUGUUGUUUCAUAGCUGGGCCUGGCCUCGUCCCGCAAAACCGGCCUUCAAAUGGGGCAUCGAGACAGAGACCGACCCGAUCGAGCUCUAUUUCUAUCUUCCCCCGGCACACGAUGAGAUCCUUCAAAGGGAUCCCCUCUACCGCUUCCCUGCGGUCGUCAACUUCCAUGGUGGCGGGUUUUGCUUAGGUGAUGCUCAAGAUGACCAGUAUUGGGCGCGGGUUGUCCUUCAGCACACGAACUGUAUCUUCGUCAGCGUCAACUACCGACGUGCUCCUGAACAUCCCUUUCCCACGCCCGUGGACGAUUGUGUUGAAGCACUCGUCUUCAUUGCCGAAAACGCCGAGGAACUCCAUAUUGACCAAACCAACAUUGCUCUUUCCGGGUUUUCUGCGGGCGCAAACCUGGCCUUCUCAGCUCCUUUGCGCUUGGCAUAUCAUCGAAAGUUGAACGGGCUGGAGAAGACCCUUUCCAGACCAAUGACCGCGCAUAGCGCCGAUACUAUCGACACGUACGGUACCUACAUGACUGACCACGACGAUCAUCACCACGAAUCUCACAAUUUCCUCACACCCGUACCCUCGGGCUCUGUCCUGUCCACCUCGAACCUGGUGCGCCAGAAGACAGGAACCCCUCUCCAAAUCCGCUCCAUCAUCGCUUGGUACCCGCUGUUGGACUGGACUAUGUCCCGGUCACGCAAGAUUCGGGAAUCUCUCAAUCCCAAGAUGUGUCUCUCCAAGACUUUCACCGACUUGUUUGACUUUUCUUACCUGCCUGCUCCGGACAUGCACGGUGAUCACUGUAGCCCUUACGCCUCUCCGGCUCUGGCGCCCGACGAAAUGAUCCGUGAAGGCUUGCCACGCGAUAUUCAGAUGUGGCUCUGCGAAUGGGAUAUGCUCUUGCGUGAAGGGCAGGUGUUUGCCGAACGACUAGACGCACUGGGCAAGCAAAUCGACCACAAGACGAUCCCUCGGGUACCUCAUGCUUGGGAUAAGUCGCCCAACCCGUUUCGUGACCAAAGGGCCAUUGAUGUCCUGUAUACCAAAGCUGCAAUGAACUUGAACCGCGUCUUCCAAGACAGGAAUGGAGUCGGUCCUUUCAGUUCGAUGAGUUCGCUUCAUCCCGAAGAUCCAAUCAUCCAGAGACAGCCUAGGAGGAGCGUCGUCUUACCGAUGUAA